ACCAGGAAAUUUCGUAUUACCCUUGUGGAGGCCACUCCUCUUCCUCUGCACAAACAAGGAAAUCGAAAGUUAUCUCUGAUACUCCUCUGCGCCGUUUGUUAGUGUGUCAAAAUGGCAGAGGCAUUUUUUGAAGAUCGGGAUUCAUUUUGCUGUUCUAUCUGUCUGGAUCUACUGAAGGAUCCGGUGACUACUUCCUGUGGACACAACUACUGUAUGGGCUGUAUUGAGGGCUGCUGGGAUCAGGACGACCUGAAAGGUGUUUACAGCUGCCCAGAGUGCCGACAGACCUUUGUCCAAAGGCCUGUUCUGAAGAGAAACACGUUGCUGGCUAAAGUGGUGGAGAAACUGAAACAUACUGCUCCUCCUGCUGCUCCUCCUGCUGCUCCUCCUGCUGCUCCUCCUGCUCACUGUUAUGCUGGACCUGGAGAUGUGGAGUGUGAUUUCUGCACUGGGAGAAAACACAAAGCCCUCAUGUCCUGUCUGGCGUGUCUGGUCUCUUACUGUGAGACUCACCUCCAGCCUCACUAUGAUUUCCCUGCCUUAAAGAAGCACAUGCUGGUCAAAGCCUCCACACAACUACAGGAGAAGAUCUGCUCUCAACAUGACAAACUGCUGGAGGUUUACUGUCGUACCGAUCAGCAGUGCAUCUGUUAUCUGUGUACCAUGGAUGAACAUAAAGGCCAUGAUACAGUCUCAGCUGCAGCAGAGAGGACUGAGAAACAGAAGCAGGUGGGGGAGAAGCAACAGAAAUCCCAGCAGAGAAUCCAGGAGAGAGAGAAGGAGAUGCAGGAGCUGAGACAGGCUGUGGACUCUCUGAAGCUCUCUGCACAGGCAGCCGUGGACGACAGCGAGAGGAUCUUUGCUGAGCUGAUCCGCACCAUGGAGACAAGGUGCUCUGAGGUGAAGGAGCUGAUCAGAGCCCAGGAGAAGGCUGAAGUGAGUCAGGCUGAAGGCCUCCUGGAGCGACUGGAGCAGGAGGUGGCUGAGCUGAGGAGGAGAGAUGUUGAGCUGGAGCAGUUCUCUCACACAGAGGACAACAUCCACUUCCUCCAGAGGUUCAAAGACCACAGUGCCGCCCCUGUUUCUGAAGAGAUGCCUGCCAUCAUCCUUAACCAAAGUCAUGAUUUUAAGACGGUGAUGACCUCUGACCUCCAGAAACAGCUGAUGCUCUGCUGUAAGAAGGGAGUGGUGCAGAUAUCAGCAGCAGUGAAAGCUGUCCACAUACUGCAGUCAGCAGAGCCAAGCACCAAAGCAGCAGCACCUGUCCCACAAUAUCACGGAACGUAUUAUAAAGAAGGCUCUUUCAGGAAUUUCUGUGUUCAUUGUCACAGGAUUUUUUUUUAUCAUGGCCCCAAUCAAUCAAUCAAUCAAGGUUAUUUUAUAUAGCCCUUCGUACAUCAGCUAAUAUCUCGAAGUGCUGUACAGAAACCCAGCCUAAAACCCCAAACAGCAAGCAAUGCAGGUGUAGAAGCACGGUGGCUAGGAAAAACUCCCUAGAAAGGCCAAAACCUAGGAAGAAACCUAGAGAGGAACCAGGCUAUGAGGGGUGGCCAGUCCUCUUCUGGCUGUGCCGGGUGGAGAUUAUAACAGAACAUGGCCAAGAUGUUCAAAAUGUUCAUAAAUGACAAGCAUGGUCAAAUAAUAAUCAGGAAUAAAUGUCAGUUGGCUUUUCAUAGCCGAUAAUUAAGAGUUGAAAACAGCAGGUCUGGGACAGGUAGGGGUUCCAUAACCGCAGGCAGAACAGUUGAAACUGGGACAGCAGCAAGGCCAGGUGGACUGGGGACAGCAAGGAGUCAUCAUGCCCGGUAGUCCUGACGUAUGGUCCUAGGGCUCAGUUCCUCCGAGAGAGAGAAAGAAAGAGAGAAGGAGAGAAUUAGAGAGAGCCAAGAUGUUCAAAAUGUUCAUAAAUGACAAGCAUGGUCAAAUAAUAAUCAAGAAUAAAUGUCAGUUGGCUUUUCAUAGCCGAUCAUUAAGAGUUGAAAACAGCAGGUCUGGGACAGGUAGGGGUUCCAUAACUGCAGGCAGAACAGUUGAAACUGGAACAGCAGCAAGGCCAGGUGGACUGGGGACAGCAAGGAGUCAUCAUGCCCAGUAGUCCUGACGUAUGGUCCUAGGGCUCAGGUCCUUCGAGAGAGAGAAAGAAAGAGAGAAGGAGAGAAUUAGAGAGAGCAUACUUAAAUUCACACAGGACACUGGAUAAGACAGGAGAAGUACUCCAGAUAUAACCAACUGGCCCUAGCCCCCCGACACAAACUACUGCAGCAUAAAUACUGGAGGCUGAGACAGGAGGGGUCAGGAGAUACUGUGGCCCCAUCCGAUGAUACCCCCGGACAGGGCCAAACAGGAAGGAUAUAACCCCACCCACUUUGCCAAAGCACAGCCCCCGCACCACUAGAGGGAUAUCUUCAA